AUGGCUGAUCAAUACUUGGAACGUCAUGCCAGAGCUGCUCUGUUCGAUGGCAUUGAAGAAGGUGGAAUCAGGGCUUCAUCUUCUUUCGAAAUUGAUGAGCAUGAGAAUGAGAGAGCAAUCGAGGGGUUGCAGGACCGUGUUAGUCUGCUGAAAAGAAUUUCAGGUGAUAUACACGAGGAAGUGGACAACCAUAACCGCAUGCUGGACGGAAUGAGAGACGAGAUGGAUACUUCAAGGGGAGUUUUAGCUGGAACCAUGGACAAAUUUAAGAUGGUAUUUGAGACCAAAUCAAGCAGAAGAAUGGGUAUGCUGGUGGCUUCUUUCCUGAGAGUGGUUCUUCAUGCGGUUCCAGGAAGCCUCUUCAAAAGAGCCCAUUUAACUCUCUCUUCAUAUUUAAGAAGUAUUUGUCGCAAGGAAUCAAAAAGCAGGGACAAUCAUUUGAUGGAUGAUUACAAGGAAUCAAAAAGCAUGGGACAAUCAUCUGACUCCUGA